UUGAAAGCGAAACCCUAACCCACGUCCGGUCCACAACCCUUUCCCAACGGCCACUCUAAAUAGCAACGAUAUAAACCCACCCCUAAAGUCCACCAUUAAUUACGAUUCGCCCACUCUUCCUUUAUAUACCUCUUCUCGCCCCUCUCUAGGUUUGCCAAACUCACUCCAAAAAUCACCGCUUAAAAAAAAAAAAAAAAUUUAGAAAAUGUCAUUAACGACAUCGAGAAGUAAAUCGCACGGUUCACUGCUCUCCACGUAUCAUCAUCCAUCGCCGUCGAUUUAUUCCCACCAUUCUUCGUCAUCCUCUUCUUCCGCGUUCGCCUCUUCAAGCUCAAGCUUCGCUUCAAGAUCCUCCACCUUCUUCGCACGUGCGACUUCUCCCACACGUGUGAAUCUGUACGGACGAAGCUCUUCUCCGCAGUCAUCACCGUCCGUCCGAUUCUCCAUCAACGAUCGCCCGAUAUCUCCCGGACGUUCGAUCUCCUUCAACAAGAACAACAAUGCUGUGUCCACCGGGGUCCACCAUCAGAGGAGUCGCACUUGUUUGUGUUCCCCUACGACGCACCCAGGCUCUUUCCGGUGCUCCCUCCACAAAGGAUUGUCGUUGUCAAGAGAUCAUCAUCAUCAUCAGAAUAGUCGUCAACCGACGGCAUCGUCAUUUCACUCGAGCAGUGCAUUGCAUUUCAGGAGAUCGGCGAUGAAGAAUUCGUUGGUGAGAAUCGGAGGAGUGGAAGGAGAGUUGGUUAAGAGGGCCUUAACGGCUCUCAUUAGGCCUUCUUCGCAUCAGCAACGGCGCCGAGCCGCUUUUGAGCCGAGGCCCAGUCGGCUUUCUGUUAUGUCUAAAGCCGAUGAUUUGUGAAGGUGUUAGGGCUUUUUAAACUGAGCUUUGAUGGGAUCGGAGGAGCUGGCUCAGUGUAACUCGGAUGUUCUUGUGGUAUUGAUGGCUUUUUCUUGUAGGAGAUGCGGAUGAGGCAAAAUUUUGUAAAGAUUUUUUUAGUGGAAAUUGAGUGUAUUAAAUCUUUCCUUUUGAAAUCUUUUUCUACAUUUGACAGAUAAAAAUAUGAACAUAGUUUGCUCUUUUAUUUUAUUUUUAUUUAUUUUUCUGUUUAUAUUUUAGGGAGGUGAUGAUUGUAUGUAAUUUAAUUUAAGAUUGA